AUGCAUUACAUAAGGUUUCUGAGACCUCCGGCCAUCAAAACUAGACAGAUUGCCGCCAGGCAAUCACAGAUCCACGUGGAGCUCGUCCUUACGGUCACCACUGAUCUCGGUGACUCUUUCCUCUGUCCCAACAACCCCUUGGACCUGGAGGUUUUCAUCUCAGAAAACUCAUCCAGGCGGAACUGGGACGGCCAUAGCGAAAAUGAUGAGCCGGAUCGGUCCCAGCAGUUCCGUAAGGUGCCCAUGCCACGCCCGCCCCGGUGGACAGCUGGCAGUCGCGUCCUCAAGACAGAUUUUCUGCUACCAGCUUUCAACUCGGUAGAAGCGCUGGGCGAGGCGACUUUGUGUGUUCGACCUGCCAACCGAUCCCUGUCUUCCGAUGCGACGGCCGAUCUGCUCAAAACUCACGGGUUGGUAAUGCCCAUCUACGUCGAGCUGCGGUCGUCCGGCCCCGCGGAGACUGUGGCGCUACGAAGACUUCGGUUCUCAGCACCUGGUAGCGAUCAGCUAGUUGCAAUGCGUCGUCCUGUGGCUGUCGAGGUUGAAGAGGAGCUGGGGGAAAGCAUUGCCCGCCAUGUUUGGGAUGCCGGUGUGUGCAUGACUGCCAUUAUAUCUUCCAUUUGCUCUACCAUGCCUUUGGACGGAGAGAUGAACAAUCUACCAAAGUUGAGAGAUAUUCUCACCGCAAGUGAUGGAUUGGCCGUUGUCGAAAUUGGCUGCGGCGUAGGGAUUUUGGGUAUCGGACUGGCCACUGCUCUACUGCACCGGCAAAGAUGUGAUAGUGGGCGGGGAGCCCAAACCAACCCAACCCGUCCCGUCUCUAUCCUUAUGACGGAUCUCCCCGAGGCGCGCGAUCGGGCCGUGGCCAACAUUUCCCGCUACGACCGCAUGAACUCACAUGGACCCCCGCAGCGGGACAGCGGACAGGACGGAUCGGAAGAGGACCGGACCGUGGAGGCACUGCCCAUACCUGUGGACUACGAGGACCUCGACUGGGAGGAUGGACGCAAGGGCAAAUUCGGUGCCAAAGUCAACGCCCGUCCCUGGGACCUGGUCAUGCUCAGUGACUGCACCUACAACGUCGACAUGCUGCCGGCGCUAGUCGAGACGCUGACGGCACUGCAUCGCUCCAUCACCGCAACGUCUUCUUUCUCGGUCGCUGGACCCAAAGUGCUACUUGCUACCAAGCCACGCCACGAAUCUGAGAAAGCCCUGUUUGAGCUCAUGCAUGACGCCGGGUGGAGAAUAUCGGACCAGACGGUCCUGCCUCUCCCCGUGAUGGGUAGUGAGGCUGAGACCAUCGAGGCCUAUCUAUUUACUAGGCCUGCAGACAGUGGUCCCUGA